ACGGGGUGAUUGCUUGUCCAGUCUAAAGCUAAGCACUAGUAUGACUGACAAAACAGAAAGGGGUGCCAUGGCAUCCUACUGCUAUAUUAUGACAUCAACUGAACCUUGGCCAAGCUUGCUAAGUUCUGAUAUACCACCACUUCGGUUGAUAUCGCUCCAACAAAUGCUUUGCCUAAUUCUUCGGCCAGAAGGCGAAGUGGUUGUCAUCGAUGGCUAUGGUGGCUUGGGAAAAACAUGGGCGGCAAAAGCUGCACUUAGAACUGCAAGGAAUUCAAGUCACUUUGAUACUUAUAUUUGGGUUUCGUUAUCUGAAAGUUCUAGUGUGAGACGGUGCGUCGAGAAGAUAGCAACAUGCCUUUCUAUUGACAUUGGAGAAGAACUAUUAUCAUCCAGAAUUAGUGUCAUGAUCGAGGAACAUCUCGCAACAAGGAAGUUCUUGUUGGUUCUCGAUAAUGCUUAUUUUGUCGAAGAAAACAUCUUACGGCGCAUGGGAAUUCCGGAUCCUACAGAGCAGAAUUUUGGUUCGAAGGUCAUUGUGACCACAAGAACGGUGAGGGCAAGGUCAGUUGUGAAGCCAUCAAUAGUAAUAACGCCACAAGCUCUCUCAUAUCGGGCCUCAUGUGAUUUACUGCGCGAGAAGAUUGGGAAAGAUAUUGAUCCAGGCUUAAUUAACAACUGCUUUGGCAUUCCAUUGUCACUUAUCUUACUGGCUGGUGCACUUUGUGACGUGCCUACACAAGUAGAAUUCCUACAAAUAAUCAGGGAAGCUUUUUUGGCUCAAGAGCCCAAGAUAUCAGUGUUCGCCACCAUGAUUCGCCUUGUCAAUUUUGGUUACCGUCAUCUUCCUACUGAUAAUGCUAGGCACUGCAUCCUAUACUGCUUACGCUUCCCUGCCGAUGAGCCAAUUUCUAUGAAAGACUUGAUCAUCUCCUGGAAGCUAAACGGUAUGAUUCAAGAAGCUAGAGAUUAUCAUGAGGCUAACUGUAUUGGUAUGGAACAUAUUCAUGUGCUCUUAAAACAUGGUUUGAUGCAUUUUGAGGGUGAUGAUCAUAUCCGCAUGCAUGAUGUCAUUAGAGAAACAAUAUCAGGACUUGGACGGGCCAAUGGCCAUGUGGAACAACCUGGAAGGUACUCUCAACUUGAAAGUGGAAGGUACUUUGACGAUGACGUUCAGUCGGGGACACUAUUUUUAAGAGGAAUCCGCCAUAUGAGAACUAUAUCAGAAGAUUUUUUCUGCCGUGUGGGAAUGCUUAAAGAGCUAGACCUGUCAUCUACUCAAAUUAUAAUCCUACCACAAUCCAUUUCUCGUUUGUUUCAUCUCCAGAUGCUUCUACUAGUGGGAUGUGGACAAUUGGAGAAAAUUCAGCACAUAGGAUCGUUGGAGAUGCUUGAGGUACUUAAUGCAUCAGAUUGUGUCUCCUUAAAAGAAGUAGAAUGUGGUUCAUUUGACCAUAUGAAGUUGCUCAAGAUCCUUGACCUUUCCAAAACAUCUAUCGAAUGCUUACCAUCUCUAGCUGCGUGCAUGGAGCUUAGCCAACUCCUGCUACAAGACUGCCCAUGCCUCAAGUCUGAGCAAAGUGCAGAAACAAAUGACAAGUCCUUUGAUGCAAGAUUUAUUAAGUUCCCUUAUGGAGUUUCAAAAAAAGGUGCAGUGAGAAAUUUACAUGUAGGAGCCAGCAAUGAUCUUGUGGAUUGGAUGGACAUCCUGUGGUUACCUUGUGGACUGACUUUUGAGUUGUCUGACCGAUUUGGCAUGAGGAUCUCUCAAGAUGUAAACCAGACCAGCAAAACAUACGUCCAUGCAUCUCAUGCCAACUUAUUUCAGUCUUUGGAUAAUGAAUCUCCACUCUGGUUAAGCUCCUUUCGAAAGUUUCACAUAGUUAUCUCCCCAAAGUUCGAUCAAACCAUGGACCAUGACUUCAGAGCGGCGAAGACAAAAUUUUCUUAUGCAGACGCGCAUUCCAGUGAUUUCGACAGUUUCCUUGAGAUAAACUGUGUCAGAAUUACUAAUGAUAUCGAGGGGAUUCUUAGUCGUGCUGAGCUAAUAUCAUUAAAAUGUGUAACAGAAACAGAUCAAGUAUGUAAUCUGAAUACUGGAAAAUUGACAGCAGCACGAGAACUUUGGAUAGAGGAAUUUCACCAGCUGGAGAAUCUUUUCUUAGUAGAAGAAGUGCAUGUAUUGUCUAGAAUGAACAAAUUGCACAAUAUAUGGAUCUCCAACAUGGAAAAUUUAGCAUCCUUCUCUCAAAAUAUGGAAGUUUUAACUAGUUUCAGCUGUCUGGUGCACUUGCACUUUGAUUGCUGCCCAAAACUGAAUUUCCUCUUUCCUUCGUCACUACAGUUGCCGAAUCUUCGUAGUCUAAGUAUAAGGUUCUGUGACAGCUUGGAGAGAGUGUUUGACGAACCAAUUGACGCAGAAUAUGCUCUUCCAGAAUUGCAGUCACUGCAACUGUGGGAGCUUCCAGAGCUUAGCUGCAUCUGUGGAGGAGUCCUGCCAUCGCUGAAGGACUUGAAGGUGAGAGGCUGUGCAAAACUGAAGAAGAUUCCAGUUGGUGUGACUGAAAAUAGUCCAUUUUUUACAAAAAUAAUAGGAGAAGCGCGGUGGUGGAAUGAUUUAGUCUGGGAUGAGGAAGGUAUCAAGCGAUGGACGCUGUUCAGAAAAUGGGGGCCCCUGCUACCAAAAUUUGCAACUGAAGGAUGAAUCUUCGUGGAUUUUCAACUAUUUCCUGUAUCAUCAUUUUUCCUUUGACCCAGCGGAGUGUUUUUUAUCUUAU